AUGUCUUUGGAUAACAUGUUUUGCACCCGUUGCGGUGAUGGAUUUGAAGCAAAUGAAAAGAUUGUUAAUUCAAACGGAGAACUGUGGCAUACAAAUUGCUUUGUAUGUGCACAGUGCUUUCGAGUAUUUCCUGAAGGAAUUUUUUAUGAGUUUGAGGGCCGGAAAUAUUGUGAAAGAGAUUUUCAAGUCCUUUUUGCACCAUGCUGUGGGAAAUGUAAUGAAUUUAUAAUUGGCCGUGUUAUAAAAGCAAUGAAUGCCAAUUGGCACCCUGCUUGUUUCCGUUGUGAGGAGUGCAACAUAGAGCUUGCAGACGCAGGCUUUAUUAAGCAUGCUGGUCGUGCACUCUGUCAUGGUUGUAAUGCAAGAAUUAAAGCUGAUGGACUACAAAACUACAUGUGCCAUAAAUGCCAUGGUGUGAUUGAUGGUGAACCGCUCCGAUACCGUGGUGAAGUGUAUCACGGAUACCAUUUCACGUGCGCCACAUGUGGCGUCGAGCUAGAUCACACUGCACGCGAAGUUAAAAAUCGUCCUGGUUACGCUGCAAAUGACGUGAACAAUCUUUUCUGCUUGAGAUGUCACGAUAAAAUGGGUAUUCCCAUCUGUGGUGCUUGUCGUCGACCUAUCGAAGAGAGGAUUGUGACUGCUCUGGGCAAACACUGGCAUGUUGAACAUUUUGUUUGCGCCAAGUGUGAGAAGCCAUUCCAUGGACACCGUCACUACGAAAAGAAAGGCUUAGCGUAUUGCGAACAGCAUUACCAUCAGUUAUUCGGCAAUUUGUGCUACGUGUGCAACCAAGUUAUUGCAGGCGAUGUGUUCACGGCGUUGAAUAAAGCAUGGUGCGUACACCACUUCGCUUGUUCUGUAUGCGACGCACCUCUAAGUACUCGUAGCAAGUUCUACGAGUAUGACGAACGUCCCGCUUGUCGCCGUUGCUACGAGAAGUUCCCAGUGGAACUACGUAAACGUUUACGACGUGCGCAUCACUAUACAGUGCGCCGGAACUAA